UUUACUUUUUAUUUGCUUUUCUCUUUCUCGCUCACUCUGGCCUACUGUUGUUUCGCUUUUUAGAGGAGGGGCAGGUGGGUGGAGGCUUAGAUUCUUAAAUCCUCUUCGCAGUUCUCAUUCCAACGGCUGGAAAGAAGGCCUUUUCAUGCCGGCCCGCCCGCCAGCAUCGCCUCUCCUGUUUCUUUCUUUUUAUUAUUACCUUUUCAUUUUAGACCCCUUUCUUCCCACUUUUCUGAUUUCCUUUCUACUGCUAUCAAAUAUGAAUCUGGGUUUCAUUCUCACUGCUUCCUACCACUAAUGUUUGUUUUCCUUUUUUGUUAACUCCGAUAGAAUCUCUGCCUGCCGGGAUUUUGAGCUGUUCCUACUACUGCAGUGCAAAUAUUUGUUUUUUAAUAAGGUUAAACCAUCCACGGAGCCUUUUCCCAUUAGCUGUAGAAGCACUAGUAGUUCUUCUUUCCCAUAUCAGUAAUAUGGUUUUGACUUCAUUUUUCUGAUAUGGGUUUUUGUGGUGAAGAUUUUUGCUAAUAUUAGGCCUCGGAUCGAAACAUUUCCAACCAUUUUGUAGAAUCUUCCCAGCAGAGUAGACAUAGAGGAAGACAAUGGGGUGGGUUACAGUAGCAGAUAGAGUUAAUAUUGGGUUAGUAUGUUUGUUUAUGAUGUUGUGGAGUGUGAGUGGAAUUGGUGUGAACUGGGGAACCCAGGCAUCCCACCCUCUGCCCCCAGACACUAUGGUAAGGUUGCUACGAGAUAAUGGGUUUCAAAGGGUGAAGCUGUUUGAUGCAGAUUAUGAUACACUCAAGACACUGGGUAAGACUGGGAUUGAGGUAAUGGUGGGAAUCCCAAAUGACAUGCUUGCUAUUGUGGGUGGCAGCAUGAAGGCUGCUGAGAAAUGGGUUGCAAAAAAUGUCACCCAACAUAUAACUUCCAAUAAUGUCAACAUCAGAUAUGUAGCUGUUGGUAAUGAACCUUUCUUGGAGACAUAUAAUGGAAGCUACCUUGGAAUAACCUUCCCUGCGCUUCGGAACAUCCAGCUUGCGUUGGUCAAAGCUGGGCAUAACAACCAAGUAAAAGUCACUGUUCCCCUCAAUGCUGAUGUUUAUGAAAGUACAAAUGGCUCUCCCUCUGGUGGGGACUUCCGUGCUGACAUCCAUGACAUCAUGCUUACAAUUGUCAACUUCUUGAGUCUUAGUUCUGCACCCUUCACUGUGAACAUCUAUCCUUUUAUAAGCCUCUAUUCUGAUCCCAACUUCCCAGUUGAGUACGCAUUCUUUGAUGGCAAUGCAUCGCCAGUAAGUGAUGGUGGGACAUUAUAUUACAAUAUGUUUGACGCUAACCUUGAUACCCUUGCACAUGCAUUACAAAAAAAUGGAUUUGCAGAUUUGCCCAUUAUAGUUGGUGAGAUUGGGUGGCCCACUGAUGGAGACCGAAAUGCUAACACAGAGUAUGCUCGGCGGUUCAAUCAAGGUUUUAUGUCUCAUAUUUCAGGAGGGAGAGGAACCCCGAUGAGACCUGGCCCAAUAGAUGCAUAUUUAUUUAGCUUGAUUGAUGAGGAUUCUAAAAGCAUUGCUCCAGGAAAUUUUGAACGCCACUGGGGGAUCUUUACAUUUGAUGGGCAGGCCAAAUACCCUCUGAACCUUGGUACUACAAACUCGGGAGCUUUAAUUUCUGCAAAAGGUGUACAAUACUUGGAGAGGAAGUGGUGUGUGAUGAAGCCUUCAGUCAGACUUGAUGAUCCACAAGUGGAACCAAGUGUGAGCUUCGCAUGUGGUCUUGCCGACUGCACUUGCCUUGGUUACGGGACAUCUUGCGGAAAUCUCGAUGCUUGGGGGAACAUAUCUUAUGCCUUUAACAGUUACUUUCAGAAGAAUAACCAGCGCGAAGAUGCCUGCAAAUUUCCAAAUGUUUCGAUGAUCACAAAAGCAGAUCCCUCCCCAAGAGAUGGAAAUUGCAAAUUUAAUAUAAUGAUCCAGCCCUAUUAUGGAUCUGCAGGAUGGUACGCGCGGAAGCCAUUGGGAUUGACUUCUGUUCUUCUCAUUUUCUCGUUGGUUCUGUGAAUUCUAAUGAUUCUACUUGAGGUAAUCUUGUGAGAGACUGAAAAGUGUAUGAAUUAGAGCCAAAGCCCUCCGAAAAAAUCCAGGUGGCUUUGAUCAUGUUUUUUUCUGUUUCA